GCGGGGAGUUUACCAUCAAGGUUGAUGCCGAGGAACUUUUUUAUGUUGUGAGAUGGGUGCCUUGCCUGUUUAGGCAGUGUCGAUGUCGUGUAUGGUGUAAGACGGCGAUGUUGUUGGCCCAACAUACCCCUCCCGAUGCUCUAGUACCACGGCAAGUAGCGGCAACAUAUCUGCGAGCAACGAUAUAAGUGAAAGCGCACGGCCACGACCGAAUGCUCAGGUCGAUCGUACUCCAUCAAUAUGCGCUUACAAUCCAGUCUUCCCUCAUUUUUGGUAUGCUUUGCGCCGUUGGCGAGCGCCUUCCCAACUGCGGUACUUGAAGCCGCAGCCCACGACCCGUCCAUCUUGAAGCGUGCUGCGGAAAUCGCGAAGCUACUUGAGAACCGACAGGCUGGUGCAGAUGCCGCAACUGGAAUCUUCGAGCCGGUGAACACAUUCAAUGCUCAAGCACAGUAUAUCAAUGUGACAAAGGGCUCGGGACACGAGUACGUGGCUCCCGGGCCGAAUGAUCUCAGAGGCCCAUGCCCUGGUCUGAAUGCCUUUGCGAACCACAAUUUCCUCCCCCAUAAUGGGUACGCCUCCGUCACACAAUACAUCGAUGCCACAACGAAGGUUGUUGGCAUGGGUCCAUUACUGUCGAUCUUUUUGUCUGCUCUGGGCGGAGCCAUCGAUGGCGAUAUACUGAACUGGAGUAUGGGUGGCACGCCGUCUCUUGCUCAGGGCGGCGUCACUGGCGUCUUGGGAAAUGGACUAAUUGGGUCGCACAACAAGUAUGAGGGUGAUGCUUCUCCCACUAGACCUGAUUUGUACCAGUCAGGGAACAACUACAAGACUGUUACUUCGCAGUUCCAGGAAUUGAUCGACUACUCACCUGGAGGUGAGGUUACGCUGGACUCACUCACUUCGUUCCGAUCACACCGGUUUGAUACUCAGAUUUCCCAGAACCCAAGAUUCUUCAAUGGCCCAUUCUCGGGAGUGCUUGUGCAACCUGCUGCUGCCGAACACCCUGCAGGCCAGCUGUCAUACGACGUUAUCCAAUCGUGGUUCGGUGUGCAAGGUUCGAAUAAGAAUUAUAACGCCGUCCAGGGAACCGAGCGCAUCCCUGAGAACUGGUACCGCCGCGCGAUCGAGUACCCGUAUGAUACCGAAUACUUCCUUGCGGACGCAUUAAACGCGGCUGCUCUUCAUCCCAAGUUUCUCGACAUUGGCGGCAACACGGGAACCACUGACUCCUUCGUCGGUGUGGAUGUUGCCGACCUGACCGGCGGCGUCUUCAACUCCGCAAACCUGCUGCAAGGGAACAACUUCGCAUGCUUCGUGUACCAGCUGUCUGCCCAAGCGAAGCCUGACGCGGUCCUCGGUGUGUUGGAUCAGUUGACGAACGCUGUAGGUAGCAUUAUUGGCAAGCUUGGCUGCCCGCAGUUGCAAGCCAUCGAUAACGAGCAGCUGAAGCAGUUCCCUGGUUACUCCCAGAAGCCAGUUUAUGGAUAGUAUGAUUGCAUGAUGACUCGGACGUAUGUAGAGGAUGUCGUCCAGGAGGGAGACGCUGCUCAGACGCAUCUGAGCAUCUCUCGGGUUUAGGUAAUGACUCUUAAGUUGUUUAU